CUGCAGGCCGAGUACGAGGCACAGGUCAAAGAGAUUCGCUGGCAGCUGGGUGAGCAGCUGCGCUGUCUGGAGCUGCAGGGCGAGCUGCGCCGGGAGCUUCUGCAAGAGCUGGCGGAAUUCGCACGGCGCCGGGCCGAGGUGGAGCUCGAGUACUCUCGGGGCCUGGACAAGCUGGCCGAGCGCCUGGCUAGCCGCGGGGGCCGCCUGGGCAGUGGGGGUCGAGAGCUGCAGAGCUUCCGGUGGCAGAGCCGGGACAGUGCGGCCCUCGGCGAGCUGCUGGGGGGAUCCCUGGCACAGCGGCUGAGCCGCAUCGGCGAGGACGUGGGGCGCAUCACCAAGAAGAGCAAGGAUCUGGGGGAGCAGUUGCAGGAGGACCUCCUGGAAGUGGUCUCGGAGCUGCAGGCAGCCAGGAAGACAUACCAGGUGUACCGCGCAGAGAGCGCCAGUGCAGAGCUCAAGCUCCGGGAAGCAGAGCGGCAGGAGGAGAAGAGGGUGGGCCGGAGCGCCCCCACCACGACCGCCACCAUCACCGGCCCCACCAGCACCACUGAGGCUGGGCCACUGCGCAAGAGCUCGGUCAAGAAGGGGGGGCGGCUGGUGGAGAAGCGCCAGGCCAAGUUCCUGGAGCACAGACUCAAGUGCACCAAGGCGCGCAAUGAGUACCUGCUCAGCCUGGCCAGUGUCAAUGCGGCGGUCAGCAACUACUACCUGCGCGAUGCCCUGGACCUCAUAGACUGCUGCGACACCGGCUUCCACCUGGCCCUGGGGCAGGCGCUGCGGAGCUUUACGGCUGCUGAGAGCCGCAGCCAGGCCUCCCACAUGCAGGGCCUGGGCAGCUUGGAGGAGGCGCUGGAGGCCCUGGACCCUCCAGGGGACAAGACCAAGGUGCUCGAGGUGCAUGCGGCAGCCUUCUGCCCCCCCCUGCGCUUUGACUUCCAGCCCCAUGAGGGCGAUGAGGUGGCCGAGAUCCAGCUGGAGCUGGAACUGCAGGAUGAGAUUGUGCCCAGGGCCCAGAACAUCCGGAGCCGCCUGGACCGGCAGACCAUCGAGACAGAAGAGGUGAACAAGACACUGAAGGCGACGCUGCAGGCCCUGCUGGAGUUGGUGGCAUCAGAUGACAGGGAUGUGCCUGACUCCUUCCAGGCCAGCCCGUCUACAGAGUCCCUCAAGUCCACGGGCUCGGACUCAGGUGGGCGGCAGGCGGGCCGGAAACGGGGCCAGCAGCAGGAGACUGAGAUCUUCUACAUCACGAAGCUACAGGAGUAUCUGAGUGGACGCAGCAUCCUCGCCAAGCUGCAGGCCAAGCACGAGAAGCUGCAGGAGGCCAUAGGGCGAGGCAACAAGGAGCAGCAGGAGACGUCAUGGACCCAGUACUCACAGAGAAAACUCCAGAAGAGCCGCCACCCACGCCCCAGCUCGCAGUAUAACCAGAGACUCUUUGGCGGCGACAUGGAGAAGUUCAUCCAGAGCUCCGGCCAACCUGUGCCCCUGGUGGUGGAGAGUUGUGUCCGCUUCAUCAACCUCAAUGGCCUCCAGCACGAGGGCAUCUUCCGGGUGUCUGGUGCCCAGCCCCGGAUCACGGAGAUCCGAGACGCCUUUGAGAGAGGGGAGGACCCUCUGGUUGAGGGCUGCACAGCCCAUGACCUGGACUCGGUGGCCGGCGUGCUCAAGCUCUACUUCCGCAGCCUCACUCCCCCGCUCUUCCCAGAGGACUUGGUUAUGGAGCUGCUGGCAUCUGCGGAGACCGAGGCUGUGGCCGAGCGCGUGCAGCCCGUGGGCAGCCUGCUGGCGCGGCUCUCUGGCCCGGUGUUGGUGGUGCUGCGCUAUCUCUUCACCUUCCUCAAUCACCUGGCCCAGUACAGUGAUGAGAACAUGAUGGACCCCUACAACCUGGCCGUGUGCUUUGGGCCCACGCUGCUGCCUGUGCCCAGUGGGCAGGACCCAGUGGCCCUGCAGGGCCGCGUCAACCAGCUGGUGCAGACCCUCAUCCUGCAGCCUGAGCAGGUCUUCCCUGCCCCAGCCACGCUGCCUGGCCCAGUCUAUGAGAAGUGCAUGGCGCCACCCGCCGCUGGCUGCCUGGGGGACACACACUUGGACAGCCUCUCAGUGGGUGCUGAGCCGGAGCUGGAAGGCGCCACCUCGGCCCAGGAGGAUGACCUGGAGGCGGUGGCCUGCUUUGGGUACACGGGCCGCACAGCACAGGAGCUGAGCUUCCAGCGCGGGGAUGUGCUGAGGCUUCACACGCGCGCCUCGAGUGACUGGUGGCGUGGGGAGCAUGGUGGCAUCUGCGGGCUCAUCCCACACAAGUACAUCACGCUGCCCGAGGGGCUGGAGCCAAGUACCCCAUCUGAGACCAUGGGCCCCACUGGCCACAGACGACCCUGCUUGGUGCCACCCUCCCUGGAGCGACAUGUGGAGGUAGAUAAGGCUGUGACACAGAACAUGGACUCAGUGUUCAAGGAGCUCUUGGGAAAGGCCACCAUGCGCCAGGCGACAGCCACUAGCCCUGGACCACACAGCCCAAAGCCCCCAGUCAGUGGCGGUGGCAGUGUGCCCGGCAGGAGCAAAGGCUUUGCCCGCGGGCCCGUGGGGCCAGCUUUCCCCUCUACUUUGCAUCUGCAGGGCCCAGACUUGGCUCCCAAGCCACACUGAGGGAGGGGAUCUGGGGGC